AGUGGGCAGAACAACCCGGCUGUGUUUCUUGCCUUGGAAUCUUGUCUCCAUGGCAGUGAUCAGCCAGUGGCAUUGACAGGAAAAAUAGGCCUUAUCAUCUGUCCUGGACUGAGCCUGGGCAAUCUUUCAAGCUGGGAACGGCAGCAGCCAGUUCAAAGCAGCGGGAGGAGCAGCUCCCCAGUCAGUGUGCAGGAAAAUGGACAUAACGAUGGCUGUUCUGUUGGUAUUGGUUCUGGGACUUCUUAUGGUCAAGUUUGCUUUGUUUCAGCCAAGAAACCCAAAUUCCCCACCUUGCAUUAGUGGCUGGAUCCCUUGGUUGGGAGCUGCAUUUCAGUUUGGGAAAGCUCCCCUGGAGUUUAUAGAACAAGCCAGAGUCAAGUAUGGGCCAAUAUUCACAGUGUUUGCGCUGGGAAACCGAUUCACCUUUGUGACCGAGGAAGAGGGGAUUGAAGCAUUUUUGACAUCUAAGGACAUAGAUUUUGAGCAGGCGGUGCAGCAAACGGUUCAGCGCACAACUUCAGUUCCUGCAGAAAUCUUUUAUCUGAACCAUAGCAGACUCUAUAGCAUGAUGAAAGGAAAAAUGGGUACCUCUCGCCUGUACCUUUUUGCUCGGACUCUGUGUCAAGAAUUACAUGAGCACAUGGACUACUUGGGCACAGCAGGAACGGAGAAUCUCAGUGAUCUAAUAAGAUCUGUCAUGUAUCCAGCAACUGUAAAUAUCUUAUUUGGAAAAGACGUCUGUCCAACAAACAAGAGUGACAUCAAGGAGUUUGAAGAGCAUUUUCAGAAGUAUGAUGAGGAUUUUGAAUAUGGGUCCCAGAUGCCUGAGUAUUUUAUGAGAAAGUGGUCUAAAUCCAAAAAAUGGCUUCUAAAAGUGUUAGAAAAAGUGGUAGCAGACGCUGAGAGAGCCAAUCCGUCAGAGAGCAAUUCCAAGACACUGCUGCAGCAUCUCCUGGAUAACUUGCAUGGAAAACAUUUAGCUCCCAAUUAUGCUCUCUUAUUGCUCUGGGCCUCGCAAGCAAAUGCUAUGCCUGUGGCAUUUUGGACUCUGGCAUUUAUACUAUCCCACCCUUCUAUUUACAAGAACAUCAUGGAGGACCUCGUUUCUGUUUUCGGCAAAGCAGGUAAAGAGAAUAUUGAAAUAUCCGAAGAUGACCUUAAGAAGCUUAUCUUAAUUAAAUGGUGCACUUUGGAAGCCAUACGGCUAAGGUCUCCAGGUGCAAUCACUAAGAAAGUGGUGACUCCAAUAAAAAUUCAGACUUUCACCAUCCCUGCAGGUGACAUGCUGAUGUUGUCUCCAUAUUGGGUGCACAGGAAUCCAAAAUACUUUCCAGACCCUGAAACAUUCAAACCUGAUCGUUGGAAAGAGGCAAAUUUAGAGAAGAAUGCUUUCUUGGACGGCUUUGUGGCAUUUGGAGGAGGGAAGCAUCAGUGUCCAGGAAGGUGGCUUGCUAUAAUGGAGGUUCACAUGCUAGUCGUUUUGUUCCUUUACAAAUAUGAAUUUAUUCUUUUGGACCCAGUACCAAAGGAGAGCCUUCUCCAUUUAGUGGGGACACAGCAGCCCACGGGAGCAUGCCGGGUUCAGUAUAAACUCCGGCAAUGAAAGCUGACUUGACUAACUCUGGUUCCUUUGCCAGCUGCUGUCUGUGAGGGACCAUUGCUCUGUUUCACUUUAGCAUGUCCUAUGCGCCCCAAUGUAGUCGGUGCCAUAAGCAGUUUUUUAAACAGUUUCAAAUGCUGUAUGUACUUUGUGUAGUUUUUGUAUCAUGCCCAUCACUGUGGUAUUUAAGCACCUGGGCCUGAUUGCUUAGGACACAGUAUUUAAAAUGCAGCCUUCCUUUAUGCAUAUGCAAUUUGUGGGUGUAAUCAUUGGCAGUGUAGCUUUCUAACUCGCUGACUGCACACACAAGGCAGGCGUUUAGAGGCCAGAUUCAUUAUGCUCACUGUUACUUUGGGGCACAAAGAGGGAGGCUGUGCUGGGAGCUCUUUGAAAAUCAGGUCGUCUUGGCCCAAUUCACAGCUGUGCUGCAUGUUCACUUGGACCAGUGCAAAGUGGCUGGUAAGCGUUAGCAGGUCAGAACAGUAAUGCCUUGCACUGGUAUAAAUGAAUGCACAAAGUUCAGGACCAUAGUGAUUGGGCCCUCUGGAUCAGAUCCUCAGCUGGUGUAAAUCAGCAUAACUCCUCUGUCUUUGCUGGAAUGAUUUACACCAGAGGAGGAGCUGACCUGUGUCUAAACUACAGCUAAAUGAUUGUAAAUGAAAUAUAUGAAAAGUGAAAGUGACCCUCUGCCCUGGGUGCAGCCAAAACUCCCACUGACUUUUGUUGAGCUUUGGUUGCUCCAGGGAUUCAGAAUUGCCCCCUACCUUAUAGUAUAAUGAAAGCCUUGCCAUGGUGUUUGUUUUCCAUUUUAUACUUCGCAAGAAUUUGCAAGGAAACUUUGUCUAAGGUCUAGAAGACUUUUGCUUUCGUUUAAUGAUUUACAGCAUGUGAAAUACCAACCCUUUUUUGGCUGUUGCACAAAUCUGAAAAUAUCUAACCCUAAAAAGAAAAUCUGGAAAAAACCACGGUUAGAGGAAGCAGUUCAACAAAUUAAAAUUGUCUUUUAGAAUAUACAAAAUUUUAACUGCUGUCAGAUUUGAUACAUUAUAAUAACCUUGUUUGUAUAUCUUUAGUUUUAAGUAAAGACUACUGAUCACUUUUACAAAUAUUUGCCUCCAAAAAGGACAUUUUAAAAUGGUAAGAACUACAGAAUUAAGUUCCAUAGGAAAAAAAAAUAUAACAACUAUAGUAUGAUGCACUAAAUUGGUGACCAGAUCCUAUCUCGCUUGGUUUAUGGAUCUGACAGUAUUGCAACCUAGCCACCUGGUUGGCUAGUGAUUUUGGUAAUGGUAUAUUAAAGUGGUCUCUGGUUGUGCUCAUGAUAGUUACAGCUGCAAGACAGUUUCCAUUCUCACCUCCUGUUUUUUGUUGCUUAAGUGGUUCUGAACACUCACCUUUAGAGCUGAUAUUUUCAUGUGUGGUCACUGCGUAAAAGUAUGAGUCUAUAUAGUUUUAAUUUUUGAAAGUUUGAGCAAAAUCUGUUCUGGUAUUUUGCAGUCGUGAGCAUGGAAAAACUUCUUUCCCAUUGCUUUAAAAUAAACACUCUCUCUCAUGUUUUCUUUCCCCGAAAGGGCAACAUCACACUUGACACAUCAGUAAUCCCCAAUGAGCAGUAAUGACUCUGUGCUAUAAACAUUUUUUUUUCCAGCAGAGUUGUGUUACCAGAUUUGCCUGUUGCUUUGGGGUACACUCAUUUUAGGGUUACUUUUUUGGGGGGAGGGGAUUUCUGUAAUUCUAUCAAUGUACUGUUUGUGUCACUUGUGUUUUCAUAUGGAGCUCUACUUCUCCCUUCUGCAAGUUUCCUCCCAAUGGAGCUAUCCUGCCAGACCUAGGUUCCCCAGAGCUGGGUUCCUUCAGCCCCAGAAUCAGAUGAACAAACACACACAGAUGAACAGAGCACAUAUGAGUGGACCAGGUCAGUCAGCACUCUCAAAUUGACCCCUGAUAUGCCCCUGGACCCAGCAGGCUAGGUCGAGCAGCACUUUCAAGCUGCCACCCUCCUAUGCCACCGGUUCAGCAUGUCCCUGUUCUCACUUUGACAUUACAGUUGUUCUGGUAGAACCCACUUGAUGAGCAAACCCCACAGGAUUUUUGGGCACUACAGGGAUCUUUAGCUUAGGUAAGAGGAGUGUCACUGCAGAGCGAAUAGGGAAGCCAAAACCACAAAACAGAGAGGGAGGGAAGCAACCACCUUAACCAUAAAAGUUAUUUAUUGCCAGGUAAUAACCGUACACGGAGAGCCAAACAAACAAAACAGUUACAAUAUUAAAUCUAGCUUAAAUUUAAUUCCAAAAGUCAGGUUUAGAAAACUAUACCUUAUCACACAGGUCAGGGUUAGAAAACUAUACCUAGAGUAGAAAAAAAAAAACCAGCUAGAGAGAGAGUUGGGUUCUCACCUCUCUGUGAAGCUUGAACUGGUCAGGGUUCCCAGGUGAUGGUGGUAGCUGAGACCCCAGCAUGAUCAGUCAGGAGAAGAUGCAGAUUUUGGAUCCAGGCAUCAGGACACUUACUUGAGCGCAGGUAGGUUUUUGUAGGGAAACAACAAUGGUUCAAGGGAGAACACAAGAUUUGUCUAUGGGUAAACCAAUGGCUCAAGGGAGUAUAGCAAAGUUGUUUUAUUCAGGCUAGACAAUAGGAACGGAUCAUUACUGGCUAUGGGCAGUGUUCCUUCAAGAGAGCUCACAAUGCAAUUAGUCAGUUUCAGUAUUUUGGAUACCAAUAAAGGAUUUAUUACUAGAAUUGGUCUGAUAACUACUGAGUUGGGUGUGUGCAGGCAUGGGUUCAUUAACAUCUGCAGCAGAGAUUCCCCAUCAUGCAGUGCUUCCCUGCUUUUCUGGUCCAAGAGUUCAGUGAGGUUCUUGCCUUGGAAUCUGUUUUCCAUUCUGUAUGCUAAUGGAGAUGCCUCCUUGUCCCAUCUUCCAUGCAAAUGAGGUUAGGGGAGUUGCCUUAAUCCUGUCACCUUUGUCCGGAGGGGUUUAGGUGUGUCACCCACUGCCUUUUCAUUGCUUUUUGUAAGUUGUUCUUCUGAUAGGUUUUGAGUCAAGCAGAGGCUGGAGGGGGGACAGGUAUUCUUUUGUGAGUCAUACAGGCUUGAUUCUGCACCCUGGUUCCUCAAGAACACAGAGCUGACAGGUAACAUAUGAACAUUUGAAAAUAGAGUGCACAUGAGUUCCGAUCUGCCUCGAGAGCUGGGAAUACCUUCGGGUGUCAACUUCAAACCUGCAUAACACACUCCAGGAUUGUUUUUUUUUAAACUUAACGUGAUGUCUAAGCCUCUGAGAUCUACAAAUGCUUUUCUUCAAACCCUCUAAAAACAACCUCUGCGCUAAGAUCAGAUAUGAGAGGUUUUGUCCUAUGAAAGUUUCUAUUUGUCCUAGAAAGUUUGAGUGAUUGCAAAUAGGGGUUAAGUAUAAAAGUACUAGCUCAGCCUUAAUCAUACUAUCAGUAUUGUAACUAACCUGAAAGUUGCUAAAUCUUCUGAUUUAUAAAGCAGUGUGGAAUAGCUGUAUCCCAUUAGUGGGAUCUUGUCAGGCACAUUGUGCUAAUUUAAUCGGUCUUGGUUGUAUAAUUUAAGCCCUGAAGUUGCCAAGGGAACUGUGUGGGCACAUUCCUACAUCUAUAUGGAGUCCAACUGUCUGCAAUGGGGCGUAAGGUUAGACUGUAAGCGUUCUGGGCAGGGACCAUAUCUGUGUUCGGUACAAGACGAGACACAUUGUUUGCACUUAACAAGCAAUAUAAAUGGUUUUGAACUCUUUCCCUUCUCGUCAUUCUAACAAUAAAUGUCCUCUCCCUGUUGAUUUUUGGCCGCCCUUUUGCCUAAUAUUUUCUGUUGCUGUUUUUCUCAAUGGCGCAGGCACCAGACUGUAGCACUCUAUUUAUUUUAUUGCCUGUACCAGUCAUGUGGCACUGUACAGAGCGCUGGGACACUAGUUGCAUCUAAGCACUUGUGCUCAUUGUUUGUUUCUUUUUUAAUAUGAAAGUAACUUGCUAGGUCCUGAUCUCAGAAGGUGUUGUGCACCUACAACUUCCAGUGACUUCAACAGCAGUUGCAAGUUCUCAUCAUCCCUUGGAAUCAGGCCCUUCCUGAGGAUACAAAGCCUUUAUGGGUCCUUGAAAAGACUCUUCUUGACUUCAGUGGGCUUUGAGUCUGGCUCCUAGUUUAUUGCUGUAGCGGUAAAUAUUGUGUGGGGUGUUCAGGUAGCCUGAAUGCAAAUUCUACUCUGCUACUGUGACUAAUGGAGCAGUGCACCUGUAAGGGACAGCAGAAGGUGGGACUGUAUUUUGUUUAACACCACCAGGCUGGUGUGCUUGCAGAUUUUUAAAAUUCAGUGAUAAGUAAGAAUAAGGUCAUCUCUAUUGCAUGUAUGUACAGGAGAAUUAUUAAGUAAUACCCUGUGGGCCAAGCCCCACCAGAUGCCUUAGGAACUCUAGGUUCUGACCCCUUCUAUCAUGACACAAGCUGGACCUAUCUCCUUACAAAGUGACCAAAGUACUCAGUCUGGCUUAGCAAGGACUCUAGGAGCUUGGUGCUCAUUUGUUUUAGAUGUAAGUAGCCUCCCUUUCUGACAGCGGGAAACCAGUGGUUCAGGUUGUCUUCAGGGCAAGAAAUAAAAUACAGGAAACCAAACCUGAUUUGUCACAGGGUGACUGGACCCUGCUGUCUCUGAUUUUGGAUGGGUGAUAGGAGACCCAUCGUGAAUGAAACAAUACUCAAUUUACUAAAUAGUACAGAUGACCAUUUCCUAACUCAAAAAACAUUACAGCCAACACUGGGGAAUUCUAUAGUAGACCUUAUCUUGACAGAUGAAGAGGAACUGAUCACAGAACUAAAAAUUAACGGUAAUAUAGUGUGAUGGUUCUUGGAGUAUGUAGGACUGCGAGUCACUUUGUUACCUUCCCCUCACCUCCACUGUGAGGGAGACUUGCUUGUCCCUAAGUUGGGGGUCAGCUCCCUGCCACCAGCAGCCUAUUAGCUACCCAAGCACUCCACUCUGAGCUAUGCUAGCCCUUCCUUUACUUUGCAUGUUAACAAUUGGUGCAUCCCGGUCCCAGGGUCUCUGUGGAGCAUUCCCCUGUAGUGUCCAACCCUGUACAUGCAUAAAAAUACCAGGUCUGCUGUCCCCAAGGGACCAGUGUACACAACAGCUUGUAUGAUUUAACUCAGGAAACAAGGAUAAGUUUAUUAUCAAAGAUGCAAGAUUCAAGUAAUAGUGAGAGAGGAUAAUGGAAACAAAAGAUUGCAAAAUGAUAUCCCAUUGUCAUGAAUGUAAAUGCACUUCCUGUUUACUUCCUCGUUGUCAUCUUUGUUCUCCAAAUAUAGUCCAGCAAACCUUUGAAGUGUAGCUCAAGAAAAAGUUCAUUUCCCCUAAGUGUUUCUCUACCUGUUAGUUCUUUUCUGAAAUUCUUAGUCUUUCAUCUGCAUUCAGCUUAGAUGGGUGACGGGAGAGCCAUUAUGAAUGAGAUAAUACUCAAUUUACAUUUCAAUAGCGAGACAGGUGAAUAAAUAUCCCUUGUCUGACAGAAAAACCUGUUUGUCAACUCUGCCUCAAUACAGACUUUAAAACAUAUUUUCUGUAUGUGUGUGUGUCCUCACAUUGUAUCUGUACAUACAUUUCACACUGGUAUUAAUGACCGGUGUCACCCUGCAUUUCAUUAAAGACCUCACAUAACAGUUUUUGGUGAACCAGAAUGUACAUACCAGAAUUAGCACAUUCCUAUAACCUCCUUGCCAGUUGGCAGGGAGGGGUUCUUGGUCAUGGGACUUAAUUAUGCACUUCAGUUUAAGUAUGUGCUUAAGUACUUUGAAUCAGGGCCAAUUGCCUUAGACAGCUAAUGGGUUGAUCACAUUUAUAAUGUGCCAACAGAAUAAAGUCCAGAACAAUAAUACACUUGGUGCCUUCAUAAUGCUGAAAACAAUUAUGAGCCAAAUCUGUUGAGAAGAUGAAUUUAAUCAGAAAUAUGUGAAUGAGACACUGGAAUUGUUUAAGUACACUUUACUAGAUGACUAAAAAGCCAUCUAUAAAAAAGGUUGUAUUGGUUUAAAAAAAAUGGCUUGGUUUAGAAGGGAAAUGAACAAAUGGAAGGAAAGGCAAUUUGAUAGUAAUGACUAUAACUCAGAAGCUAGAAAUUGUAGAAAAUUGAUAAGGGAAGCAAAGGGACACAAGGUGAAAUCUUUGGCCCACAGAGUUAAGGACAAUAAGAAGGAGUUUUUAAAGUAUAUUGGAACAAAAAGAAUUGUAACAAUGCUAUUGGUCCAUUACUAGAUGGAAACAGUGGAAUUAUCAAUAAUAAAGCAGAAAAGGCAGAAGUGUUCCAUAAAUAUUUCUGUUCUUUAUUUGGGAAAAAAUCAGAUGAUGUAGUCAUGUCAUAUGACAACACUCUUUCCACUCCACUAGUAGCUUAGGAAGAUGUUAAACAGAAGCUACUAAAGUUAGACAUUUUAAAAUCAGCAGGUGCAGAAAAUUUGUAU